AUGACACCAACAGUUAGGUCUAAUACGGACGUCACGGAAAAGUCUGUCAGUCCGUCUUCAGCGGCCUCGGGCCGCCCAAUUGACGUUCAACGCUCGCGACAAUACCUUGCUUCCCCAUACGUCAAUGAUCGUGGUGAUAACUGGGACAUGAGAUUGGGAUAUGAUGAUUCUGAGAGAGAAGCUGUCCCUCGUAGUGGGAUGAAAAGAGACCUUGUGAUUGAUCUGCCCAAGCUCCGACAGCUUAAGGACUCAGAUGCAGUGUAUCCACCUUCCGAGCCGGCCAUUAUUUGGAACGCCAAAGUCUACCAGAUCCUAGGAGAGCCUCGUGGUGAUGACAUCCGCUUACAGCGACCUGACCUGAUCUACGUCGAUGAUCGGCCUAUAGAGUUUUCUAUUGGCCUUCCUCCUACGAAGGCACCAGCUGAGACAGACGAUGAUGUGCCAGAGCCCGAGGCGUGGACAGGACCCGUCAUAACCAUCGAAACCUUUGUCGAGGCAGAAAUUGAUCAGUAUAAGCUAUUGAGACUGAAAAGGCUCCCGGAAAGAGUGACUUCGUCUUGUCUUGAUCUACUGAAUCCAAAGCAUGUCUCCCGGCGACAUCUGGUGAUGUUAUUAGAUGACUCAAAAAGGGGAGAGCUGAGGAUUGAGGAGCCUUUUGCCGUCCUAUUCCACCAUUUUGAUGCCAUCGCAGCUAUGGCUAAUGGAAGUACCAGGACAACGGAGUACAAUACCGAGGGUCAAGGUAUUGGUCAACAGAAUCACUUGACGGUACUCCAUGCAAAGCAUUUGAUGGAGUUCCUCGAGCCAAUUUACACUGACUCCAUCUUGACCUGUCAAAAGCACCUUUCCAACUCCGUCCCGCAGGUUGAGUUUGGCAUGAUCUGGUAUCUCCUCAAACCUGGGAUAGAUGUGUAUGUACAGAUUGAAGGAUCAACUCAUGCUGCAGUUGUGCGGAGCGUCAUGCGGACUGAUGUCUCUGUGUCUAAGCUUUGGGGAGCUGGGAGUGACGGGUCGUGGCUGGUCGACCUCUGGCGGCUUGAGAGUGAUGGCUCCAGGCUCGGAAAGGGCUUUUUCUCCGUAACUAUCUCCCCUUACUCUGGACUCCGAGAUGUCACUAGACUUCAAGUGUGUCCAGUUUCAAUUUGGGAUGCACAUGACGGUGGCGAGCGACGUGAGAGAAUUUUACGACGAGCUGCGAUCUUCUUCAAGGCGCUUCAACGUGGCAAUCUCCUAGUAGACUACAAGGGCCCGAUUCAAGAAACCGCCCAAUAUUACACAGGAAAGGUAGUUAUCGACCAUCGAAGAGGGCAAGCCGAGUCCAACAUCUCCCGACCCCUUUCCCUCCCGGUCAAUGAGUAUUCAGAUCGGUUCAGGGAGUACGAUCGAAUUCUCAUCAACAACGAUAGGUCUUUCUACACCACACAAGGUACUCAGAACCGUCCCGCAGAUCAAAAGUCUAGACCCGCCAAAAGCGACGACGCCGUAGUGAACCAGGAGCGAUUGCAGGUAUGGCUCGACGAUGUACCCGAACAUCUUUCCCCGAAGGCUUUUCGAGCAGAGGCUGGUGAUUCCGUUGUUCAACAGCUCACCGAGCAUCAACUCCUUCUGCUAUGCCCAGACGUUCUGGCAUAUGGACUAAGACGCAAGCACUGGAUGCUGAUCUCUCUUGACUACGUUCAAGAGUCUGUGCCAUCCGAUGAAAGUAUCUCAAAUCUGAUUAUCGCCCAGGAUGAGUUGAGGACAAUCCAGGCUCUCUCGAAUCGCCAGAAUAGUGAGAUAAGGCACUGGACAGCGGAUUUCAUUGAGGGGAAGGGAUCAGGGCAAAUCAUCCUGCUACACGGUCCUCCUGGAGUCGGCAAAACUUACACUGUCGAAGCUAUUUCUGAGUGGCUACAUCGGCCACUCCUUGCUCUCACAGUGGCUGAUAUCGGCACAGUCGAGACGCUCGUGGAAGGCGAGCUUAUGAAGUGGUUUGAUCUUGCUGAGGCCUGGAACGCAGUUCUUCUUGUCGAUGAAGCCGACAUCUUCCUCGAACGACGGCAAAAUCGAGACCUCGCCCGAAACGGACUUGUAUCAGCCUUCCUCCGACGAAUGGAAUACUUCAAAGGUCUUCUGUUCCUGACCACGAACCGCGUCGGACAGAUUGACGACGCUUUCAUCUCACGAGUCCACGUCGCAAUCGGAUACCAGGCUCUCGAUGAAGAAACCAGGCGAAAGGUCUGGAGCGGCUUUUUCCGUAAGCUGGUGCGCGAACGCGCUGGCAAGGUACAGAUCGCACCAGACGCGAAGAAAUGGGUUCUUGACACCGCUGGCGAGACGAACCUCAACGGGAGAGACAUUCGCAACGCAUUACAGACAGCCAUCACGCUGGCAGAGUUUGAAAGCGAAGAGGACCCGGACUAUGAUGCUGCACUGGUGACAGUUGUCACCAAAGCCCAUUUCCAGAAGGUUUUGGAAAUGUGUAAUCGGUUCCGCAGUUAUGUGACGAGCAUUAGGAGGGAGGAUGAGAUGAAGCGUGCUCAAGGGCGUGGUGAUCGGAAUGAUUAUGGCAACGGAUUUGAUAGCAGGAUGUGCUGA